AGCCAGAAUUUCACAGAAUGUUCGAACUCUGUGUCCCUGAGUAGAAGGUCACUGGUUCAGAUCUCCUUGCCGGCAGAGUGAUGUCAUCGCUGGGCCCUUGAGCAAAUCCCUUAAUGCCAAUAACUGCAGGGGCGCUGGAUGCUGGCCGACCCUGUGCUGUGACCCCAAACUUCCUCUCACCUGUGUGUUUCUGUGUGUCUCAUGGAGCAGAAUGGGAGGCUGAACAGCUGUAAUCUCACAAAGAAAUGCUGUGAGCCGCUGGCUUCAGCUCUCAGAUCAAACUCCUCACAUCUGAGAGAGCUGGACCUGAGUCACAAUGACCUGCAGGAUUCAGGAGUGAAGCUGCUCUCUGCUGGAUUGGGGGAUUCACACUGUAAGCUGGAGAUACUGAGGCUGAACAGCUGUAAUCUCACAAAGAAAUGCUGUGAGGUGCUGGCUUCAGCUCUCAGAUCAAACUCCUCACACCUGAGAGAGCUGGACCUGAGUCACAAUGACCUGCAGGAUUCAGGAGUGAAGCUGCUCUCUGCUGGACUGGGGGAUUCACACUGUAAACUGGAGAUACUGAGGCUGUCAGGCUGUAGAGUCACAGAAGAAGACUGUUCUUCCCUGGCUUCAGCUCUGAGGUCAAACCCCUCACACCUGAGAAAGCUGGAUCUCAGCUACAAUCACCCAGGAGACUCAGGAGUGAAGCUGCUCUCUGCUGUACUGGAGGAUCCCAGCUGUAAACUGGAGAAGCUGAAUGUGAACCACAGUGGACAGUGCAGGACCAGACCAGGCGUACAGAAAUACUCCUGCCAGCUGACGCUGGACCCCAACACAGCAAACAGACUCCUGUCUCUGUCAGGGGGGAACAGGAAGGUGACAUGGGGGUCAGGGCAGCCAUAUCCUGAUCAUCCAGAGAGAUUUGAUCGCUGCCCCCAAGUUCUGUGCAGAGAGAGUCUGACUGGCCGCUGUUACUGGGAGGCUGAGUGGGAUGGAGAUGGAGCCCGGAUAGGAGUCACUUAUAAAGGGAUCAGGAGGAAAGGAGGGAGGGACUGUGAGCUUGGAUGCAAUGACAAGUCAUGGUGUCUGCGCUGUUAUAAUGACAGUUACUCUGUCUGUCACAAUGAUAAAGAGACUCUCAUACCCAUACGGCCCUCAGGCUCCCGCAGAGUAGGAGUGUAUCUGGACUGGGGGGCUGGUGCUCUGUCCUUCUACAGAGUCUCCUCUGAUGGACUGACUUUCCUGUACAGACUCACCUCCUCAUUCACUGAGUCCCUCUAUCCAGGGUUUCGGGUUAUUAACUCCUCAGUGUCACUGUGAUGUGUUGCUGGUUCUCCUGGCAAAAAGGUCAAAUCUCUGCUUUUUAACCUUUAUAAUCCUUUUUACUCUCAAAUGUAUGUUUGACAAAAAUAAGUUUUUCUCUCUGACUAAAAUAUAACUAAAUGUAAUCCUGAUGGGGGGGGCUUUCCCCCUCCCCUGUAUAUGUACAUUUUAUAUAUUUACACCUAUUUACUGCAUUUCCUCCCUGUACAAUGACAAUAAAGUCUUUCUGUUCUGUCCUA